ACCACAAUCCCCAAUCGGCCGCGAAGGUGGAAACCGUUAGUGUCGUGUCGAAUGGUUGCAUUCCAUUCAAAUCAGAAACGAACCGCGGAACCAGACAACAAGCAACUGGUGUUACUAUCAGAAAAUAUAUAUGUUAAUACCCCUCGCCGCGGACAAGGAUGUGUCGAAUUUGCUUUUGAAUUCGGGAGUCGGGGUCUGAAUCUGAAUCCGCGUGUUUUUCGCCUUGAAUCGUUGUUGUACCAGUUACCGCCUUGACCGCCCACCCGGCACCGUUCCCCCUCCGGUGUCCCACCCAACCAACCCACUGUCCAACCGUCCAACGCGACGCCUACGCGCGCGACAAGUGAAGCGCACAGGUAUUUGCGCUUGUAUUGUGUACUUUCUGUGCCUGUGUGUGCGUGAUUUUCCUUUUGUUUGCGGCCCAAUUGUUUGUCUUAAUUGAAUGCUAGUCGCAGUCGCUAAGAGAAUUGCGAAAAACGCAAUAGAAAAAAAAACAUAUUGGAAAAAAGGUACAAAAACCAAUACCCACACACACACACACAUCGAUAAGAAGAGCAGAGCAGUGGCAGAAGCAGCAUUUUAAGAAGCAUAUAAAAACCAGUUUUCGAGCAGAAGCAGCAGCGCAGUCGCAGCGGCCAAACUGAGUUUCUAUGGACUUUCAUUGGUUUCUAUCUGGAUAAUCUACCCAGACAACAGAUUUUGAGAACUUUCGCAGAGCCUAAGUGACAGCAAAAAUCAUCGCAGAAGAAAUAAACCAAACGAAACGAAACGAAUAAAUAGUUUAUUUUGAUACCCAAGCCCCGGAACUAUAUGAGAGCUACGAGAGCUACGAGAGCCAUGAUGCCAACCACCGAAUCGAGGCACAGCGGAUGGGUUGUCCUGGCCGUGGUCCUGGUGGCCAUUACCCUGGUGGACGUGGAUGCCCAAAGCUCUCCCAGCUGUGGCCCCAAUUUCCCGCCCGCCUGCAGUUGCGGGGAGGAGGUGUACGAGAGCGAGAUGCAGUACGUCGUUAACUGCACAAACGCGGGGCUGCGCAACACGAGCGUCCUGGAGUUCAUGCCCGAGAAGGUGGAGGUGCUGAUCUUCACCGGCAAUCACAUUGCGGAGCUGCCCUGGAACGUGUUCGGGAGCAUCAACGACUACAAGCAGCUCAAGAUCGUGGACAUGAGCAGCAACCACAUCCGGGAGAUACGCGGCAAGAGCUACCACCAUGUGCCGCGCGUCGAGCGGCUGAUCCUCAAUCACAACAACCUGAGCAUCUCACGCUACGAUGACGAGGUCAAUCAUCACCAUCCGCGGGUCUUCUCAAACUUUGUCAAUUUGCAGAGCCUUCACCUAACGGACGCCUUCGAGGACAACAGUUCGCCGCAGCUGAGCGAGGACCUGCACGACAUCUUCGUCAACAGCCAGCUGCUGAAGCUGCAAAAGCUCCAUCUCGAACAGAACGAGAUCACGCACUUCAAGGACCGCAAUGUCUUCUGCGAUCUGCCCUCCCUCAGGGACCUGCAUCUGGGCGACAACCAGCUGCGGGACAUUAACUUCGAGGUGCGAUGCCUGAACAAUCUGCGGUUCCUGGACCUCGAACGGAAUCAAUUUGGCUUCGUGAAGCCCAGCGACAUGAGGGUCCUCAACGAGCUGGAGGAUCGCUCCAAUCGCACGGCCAAUCUGAUUGUGGACUUUAAUCUGAAUCCCUUCGUCUGUGACUGCCGCAUCGCGCCCUUCCGCGCGUGGAUCCAGUCCACACGGGUGACCGUGCGCAACAAGGACAGUCUCAUGUGCUUCCACUCGGCUUCACGGGUGGAUCCCUCUCCCGCCCACAUCCUGCAGCUGGAUAUGGGCGCAUGCCAGGCGGCCAUUGAUGCAGCGGCCACCAUCCUGAAUGCCGCCGAGGAGGAGCAGCGGAGCUAUGGAGCAGAGCAGCCGCCGGCGCACAUCAGCGGCCAUACUGCCACGUUAAUCUUCCUGCUGAUCGUGCUGAGCAUGAUCCUGCUGGGGCUGCUGGUGGCCCUCGUCUACGUGAGUCGCGAUAAGUUAAAGUACAUGAUCACGCCGGUGUUCAAUAACGUGGCCAAGAAGGUCCAGUAUACGUCAAUUAAGGAUGAGGACUGCCCGGAAGUGCAUGUCUAGAGAGGCCCAUAUCCAUCAUCCCAGAAGGAGGAGAGACCUGAGGAAGAACCAAAACUCAGUUUCGUUUCAGUUUCAGUUUUUUUAUGCCAUUCGCGUUACGCAAAGUGUGCCAUUCACAGCGGAAGGGGAAACA